GUUUUACUGGGACCUCAUCAUGCUGCUUCUGAUGGUGGGGAAUUUGAUCAUCCUGCCUGUGGGCAUCACCUUCUUCAAGGAUGAGAACACGCCUCCCUGGAUUGUUUUCAACGUGCUUUCGGACACUUUCUUCUUGGCUGACUUGGUGCUGAACUUCCGGACGGGCAUUGUGGUGGAGGACAACACAGAGAUCAUCCUUGACCCUCACACCAUCAAAAUGAAGUACUUGAAGAGCUGGUUCCUGGUUGACUUCAUCUCCUCCAUCCCGGUUGACUACAUCUUCCUCAUCGUUGAUCUGGAGACCCAGGUGGAUUCUGAUGUCUACAAGACAGCCCGGGCCUUGCGCAUCGUCCGCUUCACCAAGAUCCUCAGCCUGCUGCGCCUGCUGCGCCUCUCGCGCCUCAUCCGCUACAUCCACCAGUGGGAGGAGAUCUUCCAUAUGACGUACGACCUGGCCAGUGCUGUGGUGAGGAUCUUCAACCUCAUCGGCAUGAUGCUGCUGUUGUGUCACUGGGACGGCUGCCUCCAGUUCCUGGUGCCCAUGCUGCAGGACUUCCCCGAGGACUGCUGGGUCUCCAUCAACCACAUGGUGAAUGACUCCUGGGGGAAGCAGUACUCGCACGCCCUGUUCAAGGCCAUGAGCCACAUGCUCUGCAUCGGCUACGGGCAGCAGGCGCCUGAGGGCAUGACUGACGUCUGGCUCACGAUGCUGAGCAUGAUCGUGGGGGCCACCUGCUAUGCCAUGUUCAUCGGCCACGCCACCGCCCUCAUCCAGUCGCUGGACUCAUCCCGGCGCCAGUACCAGGAGAAGUACAAGCAAGUGGAGCAGUACAUGUCAUUCCACAAGCUGCCUGGGGACACGCGCCAGCGGAUCCACGAGUACUAUGAGCACCGCUACCAAGGCAAGAUGUUUGACGAGGAGAACAUCCUGGGCGAGCUCAGUGAGCCACUCAAGGAGUGCCGCAACCUGGUGGCCAACAUGCCCCUGUUUGCCAAUGCAGACCCCAACUUUGUGACAGCCAUGUUGACCAAGCUGCGCUUUGAGGUCUUCCAGCCCGGGGACUUCAUCAUCCGCGAGGGCACCGUGGGCAAAAAGAUGUACUUCAUCCAGCACGGGGUGGUCAGCAUCCUCACCAAGGGCAACAAGGAGACAAAGCUGUCUGAUGGCUCCUACUUUGGGGAAAUCUGCCUGCUGACACGGGGCAGGGGGGCGGGGAAGAAGAACUCCAUCCUGCUCCGCAAGCGAGCUGAGCACAACGCGGGACCCAUGAACACCGAGAUGAUCCAGCAGAUUGUGAAGCACGACCAGGACAUGGCCCACAACAUCCAGGACCUGCAGCAGAUGGCGAUGGGCCGGGAGCUGAGCGGAAAGCCGGUGAUCUGGGAGCCGCUGCCCCAGCAGCUGGUGAAGCACAGGAGCAUCCAGGGCUUGCCCGUGGGGCGGCUCACCCAGGACGUCCGGCUCCUCUCCGCCUCCCAGCCCUCCCUUCCCAAUAAAGUGGCCCAGCAAGCCGACGGGAGCUCCUUGCAGCAGGGCAGGAAAUCCGCGGGGAACCUGGCUCGUAGAUCCUCUCCCUCG